UAUUAUAUAAAGACGAGCGUUAGGCUCAUUAUCUAUUCUGGUAUCACAGUAGCCUGACGUUCUUUCAAAAAUGGCAUCAUAUUUGGUUCCUAUUUGUUUAUUUUUUGCAGUUUUAACUAUUGUUUCGGCUGUACCUGCAGACGAAAAACCUUUUGAUUGUCCACCCAACGAACAGUACUACAAAUGCGAGCUGGAGGUCUGUUAUAAGUCUUGUGAACAUUUGAAACAUCCUCCACCCUGUCCAGCUAUUGCCGCUGGCUGCUUCAAACCAGCUUGUGAAUGUGUGGCUGGCUACUUAAGGAACUCGGCGGGCAAAUGUGUGCCUUCCGAUGAAUGUUCUUAAAGAAAACAUCUGCAGCCAUGCUGGACUCCCAGAAAGUUUGUUUAUGUUAUAGUUUUUGUUACAUUGAAAAUCAAAAAAUAAAUCGUGUUAUAAAAUA